AUGACUGGCAUUUCUCUGUGGGUCGCCGGAGAGAAUCCGCCGGGCUCGGGUGGUCUCAAACGCGCAAUGACUGAUAGUCAAUUGCUCCGGACUGAAGUGGUAGAUGGCGAACGAAGGACAGAGGGAAUAAGACCAUUGGACGUAGCGAUCGCGUUUGGAUCCGAAAUGGGUGUUCAGGAGCUUCGAGGUAUCACCAUAGACUUGGACGAGAGCUCUGCUCGCGAGAUGUGCUUGGGAGUGUGCCCGGAUGGUGACUGUUUCUCUGGGACCCCUCUGUUGAACGUGGAGCAAAGCUACUGCAAGAUUCUCAUUACUCACAAGCAGGCUGGAGCCAUUAUUGGAAAGAACGGCGCGGAGAUCGCUGCUUUGGAAAAGUCCGCCCAGAUCACUGCUAAGGUGUCUCCUGCGACGAACUUCUUCCCGGGAACCACUGAUCGAAUCAUGGUUAUGAGUGGCAAGCCUACGAAUAUCCGCACUAACAAUCUGGUGAAAGAGGCCCGUAGGAGAGCUGUUGAUCUUGAGAGGGAGCUCGGUCCGUCUAUUCUUGGCCUGGGCCCUCGACCGGAGUACAACCUCAUCGUUCAAGCUAUGAAUGCCGGAAUGGCUGCUGCUUCCGUCGCCUCUUUCGAGGCUGUCUUGGCUUCCACUAAAACUGCGUCCGCAAGCGCUACUAUGGACCUGUAUAAGCGUCUGCUUGCCGAGGAACGCAUCGCUGCUGAGCAAGAGUUCAUCCAGUCUGGAGACGUGCCUCCGGCUCCUCCGCCUUCGCUGACUCCUUCGGUCGAGAUGAUGAUGGGCACUGACACCGCCGUCGCUGUCACCAUGGCUGUCCCCGGUGUGACCUCGGCUAAUGUUGGUGGAUCGUCUUCUUCCUCGAGCCUGAACUACCACAGUGGCAAUACUAGCCCUGACUACCUAACCAACGUUCACCACGCUAAUGGAAGAGUUGGACGUGGGGAGGGGGGCGAGACAGGAGGUUCCACUUGCAGUUAUCCAUUUUAUAUGCCGUCCCCUGUUCUAGAAAGCGAGGAGGAAGAAGACGAAGAAUGUGACGUGAACAAAUACAACAAUGACUAA